CAUGAUUUUCCCUCCAGUAAGGUUUGAUGGAUAGUUCAAGGAAAGGUGAAGCGAAAGAGAAGGAGGAGGUUGGUUUCAGUCGACUCGCCUCCUUCGUAUACGAAUACGAACCUUUGUCUCAACAAGAUCUCGAAGCAAUUGAAGCAACUCUUCAAUCUUCUCUUCCCACCACCACCACCACCACCACCAUCACUACCACCACCAAUAACAACAAUAAACGCCACAUCACCUCUCACUCUCCCACUCGCCGCAGCCGCCGACGAUUGCCUACGUCGCUCAUCGCUCUUCAACUCCCACGCUCCCCGUCUUUCUCGCCUUCUCCAGGCCAUUCAAAGAUGCGGUUGCCUGUAAUGAAGUUUUGUGGGAAAAUUAUGUAUAGCAGGACUUUUAAUGAUGUUGACAAAGCUGUAACAAAGUUCCUUAAAGUUAUUGAAGAAAAGAAAAGAGAGACGAUGCAGAUUGCAAUCGGAUUUGACAUCGAGUGGAAACCCACCUUCAGAAAAGGUGUUCCACCCGGGAAAGUAGCAGUGAUGCAGAUAUGCUGUGACACUAGUCUGUGUUUUGUUCUUCAUCUAAUUCAUUCUGGAAUCCCUCGAAAUCUUCAGCUUUUACUUGAAGAUUCCACAGUUUUGAAGGUUGGAGCUGGGAUUGGCGGUGAUGCUACUAAGGUUUCUAGAGAUUAUGACAUAUCCAUUAAAGGCGUAGAAGAUCUUUCUUUUCAUGCUAAUCAAAAGCUAGGUGGAGGUCUUCAUAAGUGGGGUCUUGCAUCGUUGACUGAAAAACUUUUAUCAAAACAGCUUAAGAAGCCCAGCAAAAUAAGAAUGGGGAAUUGGGAGACUCCUAUUUUGUCAAAGGAACAACUGGAGUAUGCUGCCACAGAUGCUUUUGCUUCUUGGUUUCUCUAUCAGACUAUUAAAGAUCUCCCGGACGUGCAGGAUGCUACCGACAAGAGUAGUGAAGUUGAUGCUGUGCCGCAACAAUGACCAUAAUGUUUGUGUAACAUAAUUCAUUUCUUAUUAAUUAUAUUUAGUUAUUUAUUAUAUGUUCGUACUAAAAUAGAUGUCAGUUGUAAUUUUAUGAGAAUGUCUCAAGAAAUGAAGUCUUCAGGAUUCGGGUCCUGUUAUGACUGGUAUUUUAAAUUUAAUUGGCGGUGGAUAUUUCGUUCACUGAGGAAAAGAAAAGCAAACAAAUAUGCUUGAUAUUCAUUUCCCUGUUAUAUACUGAGAUCAAAAUAUUCAACUCUUCUGACAAGGAUAUUGUUGCAAUUAAUAAUAUCAUCCUCUCUCUGGCCUACCUCUUUGAGCUCAAUUCUUGCUAGAAAAAGCUUAUAUGUAAUCAAGGGAGCACUUCUUUAUACUAUGAACUACUAUAGUUGGCUGUUUAUAGCAGUUCAUUAUUUCCACCUCUUAGAUUUAUCUAGUUCACUGAAGCAAUGAUGGACUUUAUACAAAAAAUACUUUCUUCUCGACCAAAUCUUUCGUGUAAGAGCUCCCUUCAAUUUGAAUAAUUGAGUCAAGUAUAAGUUAUGGCUAUAAAUGGAGCACAACCAUUACCAGAUUUAAGUAUGACAAUGGCCGUCCUUAACGGGAUAGCAUAGGAUAAACAUUUAUGGACAUUUAUCAUACGAUGUCAUUGUGUCCAAACGUGUCUCCUUAGCACCAUAAUGAUCGAAUAAAUGACUAUUAAGCCUCUUUAUGAUGAUUAAUUGAAUUUAUAGUGUUUGUUUUAAAUUAGGCUAAUGGGAAUUAGUAUAAAAAGGAGUCAUAUACCAAUCAACAUAGGAGACUGUACUCUCAUACAGAAAACUACCCUAUACAACUCUUAUUGGUCAACAUCAGAAGAGUUACCAGCUAGUGCACUUGCAUGAACAAAAUGUUUUCUAUUUCAACUACAAAU